CAUCGCAUAUUUUUUCCACGGUCCACCACACAUAACGUCAGUACGAGAUAUCAAAGAUAUUUCGCUCGUGUAUUAAAUCACCCGUGGAAAUGGAAAUGUACACUGGAAAUAGAAAGAAAAAAAAAGUAUUAAAAAAAAUUCAAGUGUGAAUGAUUUUCCAAAUGGCGAAGGCGCGUUUUAAUUAGCAGUUUCAUUGGCGCAGUCGCUAUUAGAAAACACAUUUCCUGUGUUUAUCUUCGCGUGUUCUCGUGGUUAAUAAAAGUGAUAAUAAAAAGAAUAAACAUAGAGUUUCAAAUCGCUUCUGAAAACAAUGACUUAUCAUGUCGUGUGCCAAUAAACAAAAAAAAAUGAUGAGCAUGAACGUAACAAGUGUUUUCGGUCCCCUCAGCCGAUGUGCGUGACACGUCGACGACAAAAAAAAAUUUUAAUAAAAAAAAAGUGGAAAUAGGUGCGAGAUCCGUGGUUUUUUUACCACAAGACUUUACUGAUGCUCCGUCAAAAAUUGGACGUCCGUCCUCGCUGUUGUAAUCGGACGCAUGUCAAAAUUCGCGAGGAGUUUCGAGUGUUUCAGAUUUUUCAACACUUCUUGCACGCAGAAUCCGGGGAAAUGUCGGCGAACUUGUCCGCUCUUUUACAUCUCACUUUUAUCAAUAAUAACAAUAUUGUAAAUAAAAUCUCUAUUAGCUGACUAAAACGCAAUGAAAUUUAAUAAAAAAUAGUGCUUAGAUAAUUGUUUUUUAAAAUAAAGAAGAAAAAUCAUAAUAAAACGAAGAAAGGAUUAGACCGAAGUUUUGCAAUAUGCGCGGCAAGGCUUGCACGAGAAUCCAAAGAUGAGUGUUCCACUGUAUGGAGGUAUCGGGGCCUGUGUCAUUCUACUCGUUGCCCUCUUUGGCCUGGGAACUCUUUUAAAAAUCUUUGUUUGUCUGCUCGUAUUAAUUUUAGGAAUUAUAACUUGUAUAUAUAGAAAGUAUGCGCCGAAUCUCCAAAAUGAAAUUGAUUCUGGCAAACAAAACUUACACAAGAAGACUGAAAAACUGCGACUGUAUAUGGAAGAGUUAUCGAAGAAAAAGAUGACCUUUACUCUGGAUAGAAGAGUCACAGGUAGCCACAUUAUUGACGAAUCUCUACAAGAAAUAUUGGACUUUGUACUACGUGAUUACGUCGAGCCUUGGUACAACGUGCUAACGGAUGACGAAGAGUUCACCAAAUCCGUCAGAGACACUGCUCAAAAGAUUGCUAUCAAUAUAGCGAACAGAGUAAAGGAUGUGGAUUGGAUUCCUUAUCUGACAACUCGCCUCGUGGACGAUGCGGCUUCCCACAUGAGACUGUAUCGUCAGGCUCGAGCAAAGAUGAAACAAUUGCAAAGCAACAAAAUGCACAAAGGAAGUAGCAGUAGUUCAAGUACAUCGGGAGGAACGCCAAAGAGGACGCCGACGCAUCGUAGGAACAAAAGUGAAACCGACAUUUCUUGGUAUUCGCAGUCGAAAUUUUAUGUUCCGAAUAUCCCGGAGCCGGUCGAAUACAACGGAGAUCGUGAAAAAGACGAGGAAUCGAGUCUCGAGAAAAUAUUCUUCGAUCUCGAAGUUCAAAUGGAAAAUAAUUUGAUAUGUCGAGAUCUCGUUUGCACCAACGAAGAACAAGAACUUAAUUUUCUUGGAGAAAUUGCUGAAAUCCUUCUGUAUUUACUGCUCCCCAAAGGAGACUUCGAUUGCCUCACUGUACGCUUCAUUCUUCGAGAACUUUUGGUCAACGUAAUCAUCACACCUCUACUCAAUCUUUUCUCCGAUCCUGAUUAUAUUAAUCAAGCCUGUAUUUGGCUGUGUACAAAAGAGGCGGGCUUACCGAGCGAGGUUUUUUUGACGGUGAUACGAAUAACGGACAGCUUGGACGAAUUAACGGCAACGAAGAACAUCGUUUGUCGAGAAAUAGCUCAUUUACGUUCGAAGGAUUCGGGAGGCGAGGACGAUUUGGUGGUGAAACAACAAUUGAAGAGUUUGUUGUACGUAAAAGAGAAUCUUGAGCAAAGAAUAUUGGCAAUGCAGAAAGGAUUGUUGAAAGCGGAAGUAGAUGGAAUAGAGACCCAGCCUGAUUGGAACAGGUUUAUGAUGCCUGGUUGCAAGUUGGUUAAUUUGCCAUUGGACGAAUUGUUGAAGAACAACAUUGCACUGAGUUACUUUAUAGAUUACAUGACUUGCAUAAACGCCGAGGCUUAUUUAUUUUUCUACUUGAACAUUUACGGUUGGAAAGUAUCGGCAGAGCAGCAGAUAUCUGACAUCGAAUUGCAGAAAUUGGGAAAUCAGAGUCAACAUUCAGGAACGAAGCGUCGCAACGCUAAUCUGGAAAAUCUUAAAGACGCUGCUUUGAAAAUUUAUCAACAAUAUUUGAGCGAAAAAGCGGCCAUGAAGUUGUCUCUCGACGAUUCUCUCGUGAAAAAUUUACUCACCAGAAUAAAAUGUGAAGUCGUCCGGGAAACUUGGUUCGACGAACUGCAAGCUUGCUGCUAUGAAAAACUACAAACCGAAGACCGAUUUCUGCCCUCUUUCAAACGAUCUUUCUCUUACGUCAAACUGUUGGCUGAAUUGGAUUUACUCAAAGAUCCUCCUUCCGAAGACGACGGAAAAUCUCUCGAUGGCAUCAGCGUCUCCAGCAUGAAUAACGAACUCGAUACACUCGAGGAAUCUAUCGAAUUUACUAUUGACAAAAAAGCAACUAGUUACCAAAGUAACGACGAAUCUCCACAAAACCAAGAACAAAGGAGGAAUUCAGUGAAAGAGGGGCUGAGAUUGAAAGCAAAUUCGUCGGCGAGUCUAACGAGCAUGAAUGACAAAGAGUCGACUUACGACGAGACUGAUUUUCUGAGUAUGCCCCGGAAGAAUAUAAAGCGUAUGAGGAGUGCGUCGAGCAUCGAUUCCGAUCGGAUAAGCGAAGGAAAAGACGCUCAUUUUUAUCUGGAGUCAAGUCCCGAACAGCAGCAGCAGCAGCAGCAGCAGCAGCAGCAGUACGUGAAAUUAGAAGAGGCGACCUGCGACCAAAAUGCAAUAAGAAAAUUGCAACAAGGCAGAUUUGAGAUAACAGCCGAGAUCAUUGAAACCGGGGUGGUAAACGACCGCGGAAAAACUUAUGGAAUUUAUGCCGUUGCUGUUAAAAAAAGUUACGACUCCGGUUACCACGAAAAAUGGCAUAUUUAUCGAAGAUAUUCCGAUUUUCAUGAUUUACAUCAGAAAAUCAAAGAAAAAUAUUACGAUCUCGCAAAAAUACCUUUCCCGGCGAAAAAAGCUUUUCACAAUAUGGAGCGCGCCGUUCUUGAAAAAAGAAUGAUAAUGCUCAACGCCUGGCUACAACAACUGACGAAACCUGCGAUCGUCGACGGUCAUAUGGGCCUACAAAACAUGUUGCUCACUUUUCUCGAACAAGGCGAUUACGACAAAGGCGUCACCGGCGGCCAAAUUUCAAGAACGAUCGACACGCUUGUGAAUCCGUUGAAAACGUCGAUGAAGAGCGUGACUCAGGCAGUUAAAACUAUGCCGGACAAUAUGUUGAGCACGGUCGACGGUGUGAUGGACAACAUAAGUAAAUUUUUUGGAAAUCCGAGAAAAAAUGCAAUGUUCUAUGAGAGCGUGAAGGUUGGCGCAAGUUUGGACACAGAGACGGACGACAAUAUCCCACUGAGGAUAAUACUUUUGCUGAUGGACGAGGUGUUCGACCUCAAAGUGAGAAACCAAUGGCUGAGACGGAGAAUAGUGACACUUCUGAGACAAAUUAUUCGCACGAUGUUCGGUGACAUCGUCAAUCGUCGAAUCGUUGAAUACGUCUCACUUUUGACCAGUCCGACCAACGUCGCAACGUAUUUGCGUCUUUUCAAGCAAAGUCAAUGGCCAAACGGUGUGAAAGCAGAGGCGAAACCGCCACGAGAUCAGGAGACGAAGGAUCGAACUCGUGUCGCUGCGAAAGUCGCUCUUCUCUCGUGUUUGUCGGACGAGCUGAAACAUAUCAUAGGUAGUGAAACGACGAGGCGGGGUCUGUUGAGAGUAUUCGAGCUCUUCCAACGACCCGUACUGAAUAGAAGACUGUUAUACGUACUGCUGGAAGGAAUCAUAGAAAAUCUCUUUCCACAGACAGAUUUAGUUACGAUCUUACGAAAACUGUACUCGGUCUCGCCCAGAAUAAAAAACAAGUCAAAGACCAAUUUUUGAUGUACGACGUCACUCGUUUAUGAGAUUAAAUUGUUGCUGCGAAGGGCGAGACUUUUUUUUACUGCUUUCAUAGAGUUUCUCAGUUAUUUCGGUGAAUUCGCUCGCUAUUGAUUUCUCAAUCGUUGAAUCAUGAAGAAGAAGGAAACGUCAAAAUUCUCAACAGUUUUCGUAGCUUGGCGUUUUUUUUUCUCAUACGAAAAACUACUUUUUCGUUGCAUUGCCAUAAAAAUUACAAAUUUUGGCAUAAUCUUUCUGUCAUGCUAGGAAUAACUAACGAAUUUCUCUCGAUUGUAAUAAUUAUUAUGAAUACAUAAGUAUAUAAAUAUAUGGAUGAGGCGAACUCCGAAAGGCGACACACUUUUUCCACGUCAGUUUGAAAUUUACAGUUCAAGAACCGCUCUUAGAAUAUUUUUUCAGAGGGUAUCUGCUCAAAAUGUUCAAUAUUUUCGAAAUUGAUCUUAUUCGCAGCAUAAACCAAAUACUUUUUUGAGAGAGUCUUCGGUUCUGUCGUUGAUUAGAGUUCUCAAAACAACCAAUAUAAAAGAAUUUCGAAGAUGAAGUGUCUUGAAAUAUUCUACGAUCGUGAAAAAGUGUUUGAGUCUUGAAGGAAGGGAAAGGAAUCAUCACAGGCUUCUUCGCCGAAUUUUGUCCGUGGUGACGAUUAGUCGAAAUAGUAAAACGCGCGCAUUGUAUAAAACGAAUAUUUUUAUUAUUAUUUAUUCGUGUUUAAGCGCCAUCGAAGACCAUAUUUGUUCGAGGGCAAGAUUUUUUCAUUUAUGUAUGACAUUAGCUGUCAAAUGAAAUCGGCCAAAUAGUCAUUGAUAUUUUCUCACGGGGGUUCACGAGUGUAGAAAAACACCACGUUCAAAAAUCUCGGUGUUUACCACGAAAAAUUGUGACUUAUUUACUUAUUAUGACAUAGGAAAAUCAAUCUCGCCUAGAAGAUAAGAUAAUCGAAAAAAUUGUUCGCUGAAUUUCUCGCAUGAGCAGAAGCAAAAUCGAGGUAGGACAAUGAGUGUUGGGAGAGUGAAUCGAGAAACAGUGAAAUGUCUUCGAAUUCAUUGAGCCCAUAAUUAUAUACAUAAGAAAAAAAAAUGACAGGGAACAAAAACUAAAACCACGUGAGUUUUCGCGGACUCUCGUCGAGCACGAGAAUUCUAAAAGGAACAAAAAAUCAUGUACAAUCGUCGAACCGACUAAAAGUGGAGAAUAAUAUGGAACAAAUGAAAAAGCUGGUGAAAAGUGAAAUAGAGGCCAAAAAUUAUAUUAUAUGAAAUAACAUUGUCUAACCACGCCCUCUCGCGGGCCUCAUCGGUAUUAUUGUAGAAAGAAGUAAGGAACUUUCUUGUGAUUACCCAUAAAGAGAGAAAAAACCGAUGAAAAAAAACAAACGAAAACGAUCUGCGCAUUGAUCGAAUAAUACAAUCAUUCCAUUCGCAUUUUGAGACCCCUCGGACACCGAUCUAUCGCAAAUAUUUGUAUUCUUUAGUGGGAACACACGUGCACGAAUAUAUGGGGUGUCCAUAAAGUUGCAUUUGCUCAGGCUUGGUAGCUAUCCUAAUUCCCAAGAGAAAAGUUCUCAGUCAAUUUUUGCUUUGACGCACCGUUUAUGGCAUAUUGAAUCGCUCUCAAAAGAUGAUAAAUUGGUUUGUCCGAUGAAAAAAAUGACUUGAAACGUUUCUCUCUGAGAUUGCCUGAAUUAUUGUUCCUGCGAAUGAUCUAAAAUCACUUUUCGAGCACCAUGUAUAUUGAUAUACAUUCUCUAAGCAACUAUAUAACGCAGAUGAUGCAGCAUCCACUUAAAUACUUGUUACGAGAUAAAGUAGGUGCGGGAUAUGGCUUAGAAUCGAUUGAACAUAAUAAACUGCAAAUAUUCUAAAGUAGUUAAAAUGCACACACACACUUGGAAGUGUGUCGAAAGCUCAGUAGAGUCCGGGACAAGUAUGUGAAUGUUUAAGGACAACUUUCGCGUAACUGUGCGUGUGUUAAUAAGAGAUCGAGCCACUGUCUUGUACUAUAAUUGGGAUCUUUUUAUUUAUUUAUUCAGAGUUGGCGAUAGCAAUGAUAAAAUAACAUUUACAAUAUUCAGCUGUUUCUCUAAAUUGAUUAAACUUGAAAAUACAUAUAAACAUAAAUAUACAUAUAAUGAUAAUAAAAAUAGUGUAUAAAAAAAAAUUGAAUUGUAUAUUGAUGUCGUGAGCCUGUAUAAAGAGUUAUUUCUAUCGUGUUAAAAGGACAUAGUUGCUAUUAUUAUGUUUACUUAUUAAAAAAAAAAUCUUUAUCAAA